GCUUAUUGCAUUUUGCCUUGUCUUCCAUAUAUGCUCAUGGUAUUGGGACUGUGUUUUCGAUGGUUUGCUGUGUUCAGGAUUUUGUUGCCUCUCACGUGCUGUGGAUUCCGGAGCUUGUUACUGGUGACAAAGCGUGGCUUGCACAUUUUCGCCCUCCCUCCCGAUCUACCCAAGCCUUGAUUGCAUGUGCACAGAAGCAAGUGAUUGCUGAGGUUAAGGAGAUAUUUGUUACCCCCGAGAUUCAAACCCUUCCCCUGGUCGAGUUCCUGUCUUUUAAUGACUGGGCCGAGCUGAUCUACCUUUAUCGACAUAGGAGGAAUGAGUUUGUCGAUGCGCUGAAUAGAAUGGCGAGGGCCACGGUAGUGGUAGAUGAGGCGGUGAAGGUCGAGGAUAGGAUGGUAAACGCGAGCACCAUUGAUGCUGAGGUGAAGUUCGUCGGGAUCUGGGGUGCUGAUUCACAAUUUCACAAGGAAAGGGUGGUGCGCGGGGUUGUGAUUGUUGAUGAGGUGGCGUUGGAGGAUGAUGAGGAUGAGAUGACCGAAGAAGAGGAGUACAUGAGAAAGAAGGAAGUUGAGGUGGCGAGGACUAAGGCUUGCCUUAUGACGAACAAGAAGAAAACCUUCACGGACGCUAGGAGGAAUGCGUUCCUCCCCCUUGCCUCACCUAGAUGGGUAGAGACAAUGUCCACAGCGUUUUCCGACAGGAUUUGGUCACUUGAGACCUUUAAUUAUCUUGCUCCGAUUGACCAAAGGGGAUACAGAUUGUCAGCAUCCCUCACUCAAGAUGAGAUGAAGGCUGCAUUCGAGAGAGCGUUGGAUAUGAGCACCACACCGCCAAAGGUCAAAUUCCCGUUCAAUGGGGAUGGGAUAUUCCUCCCCCCUAUGUCCUCGAUGGAUGUCAGCAAGUGUUUCCUGCCUCGCCCAAAUGUCCUCAUCAAGGGGAAUAAGCCCCGUCAGAAUCUGUCUGCUUUGGCAGAGCUAAAAAGAGUGUGGAAUGUAGGUAGGCCGUACUUGAAGUGUAAAUGCUGUUCUGAGGGAAAGGCUGAUUGUGGUACGGGCCCCGCAUGGUUUGAUCACCUGAUCUUGUUCCUGUUGCACAAUCUGGAUAUCCUCUAUCCGGAUGCGCCAACCCCGAGGGCGAAAGUGUCCUCCGUGAUCAAGUGUUUUUCCACGUGUUGGAAACCAUUGAUAUUGACCUCUCUGUCGUUUGGAUGUGUGAGAGAAGUGAUGAUGCUUCUUGCCAAAAAGAUUGUGGCAAAUCCCUCCCUGACGAUCGACUUUGUGUUGGUUGGCGUGAAUGGUGCCGAUCGGAAGGCAUUCAAGGAGUGUGCGAAGCUGCUCCUUAUGAGUAAGUUGCUUACGUCCGGUUGUUCGGCGAACCUUUCGCUUUAUGCUCGGUAGAACUGAUAGAAACCCUACUCGUAGUAAUGAAUUUGGUCUUUAUCC